CACAGCAGCGUCUCCUCUCUGAACAUGGGGGCUCUGGAUGAAGCUGAACUCUGCUUUCCCCAAAUGAACACAUCCUGCAGGAGGACAGCACGUCCUUAUGUGGAAACCACCCUCAUUAAUAGUGUGCUGGCAUGCAUCACUGUAUUCACUGUGAUUCUGAACCUGCUGGUCAUCAUCUCUAUCUCUCACUUCAAGCAGCUCCACACCACCACCAACCUCCUCCUCCUCUCUCUGGCUGUCGCGGACUUCCUCGUGGGCCUCCUGCAGAUGCCACUUCUUCUCCUCCACAACCAAGGCUGCUGGAUCUUGGGCGACGCCAUGUGUGGCAUGCAUUACUUUUUAGGUUUCCUUGUUGUCAGUGUUUCAGUGGGAAGCAUGGUGCUCAUAUCAGUCGACCGCUACAUAGCAAUUUGUGACCCCAUGUUUUACACCACCAGAGUCACACUGACCAGAGUUAAACUCUGCAUUUGUCUGUGCUGGAUGUUUUCUCUCGUACACAGCAGUUGGAUUUUAAGGGAUUUCCUGAGAGAACCUGACAUGUAUAACUCCUGCUAUGGAGAUUGUGUCGUUGUUGUCAAUUUCGCUGAAGGACUUGUCGAUCUAAUUGCGACCUUUUUAGGCCCCAUUUUGAUUAUUAUAAUUCUGUAUUUGAGAGUGUUCGUGGUGGCUGUGUCUCAGGCUCGGGCCAUGCGCUCACACGUGACCAGCAUCACACUGGAGCGUUCCCAGACUGUAAAAGCUGCAAAGUCUGAGAUUAAAGCGGCCAGGACCCUCGGUAUUGUAGUGAUCGUGUUUCUUCUCUGCUCGUGUCCAUAUUAUUGUUUUGCUGUUGCUGCUGAGAGUAACUUGGUCGGGGCAUCAACGUCAGGCAUUGAGAUUUGGUUCUUGUAUUUGAACUCCAGUCUUAACCCCAUCAUUUAUGUCUUUUUCUACCCGUGGUUCAGAAAAACCAUUAAACACAUUUUUACACUUCAGAUUCUGCAGCCUGGCUCCCGUGAAGUGAGUGUGAUGUAG